AUGUCAGCUCCAAUUCCCGCUUCCAAUCUGUAUCUUGGCCAGGCCCGCGCCACUAAGAGUGUUCAAGAUUGCAUGACCAUCUAUGACAAAUGGGCUGCCACAUACAACGAUGAGGUUGGAGACGAGGCUCAAAACUACGUUGCUCCCGUACUCGUUGCCCAGGCUGCUAUCAAAUUCAAAUCAUCCAACGACCCCACCAAGCCCGUCAUUUUGGAUGCCGGCUGCGGAACCGGCCUGGUGGGCCAGGCUAUUGCCAUUGGCAAAGCCGAGGCAAUCGAUGGCCUGGAUUUAUCUCGUCCCAUGCUCGACGUGGCACGGAAAACCGGCAUCUAUCGAGAUCUAGAUCAAGCGGAUCUCAACAAACCCAUCCAAAAAGCCAAUAACACCUACGAUAUCGUGGUAUGCGUCGGCACUUUUACCCUUGGCCAUGUUGGCCCUGCCCCUGCUCUGCGGGAAUUUGUCCGCAUUACCAAGACCACUGGCAUCGUCGUUGCAACGAUCCUCCAAGAGAUCUGGAUCUCAGGAGGGUUCAAAGACGAAGUCGAGAAACUCAAGUCCGAAGGCUUGGUGAACGUGGUCUCGGACGGACUUAUAGAUUAUGUAAAGGGCCAUGGCGACAAAGCAGUACUUCUUAUCCUAGAGAAAAACAGCGCCUGA